CAAAAUCCAAAAAAAAGAAAAGACCUACGUCGCUGUAGAUUCAGUCUGGCAUGGCAUCCACGAUCAUUGGGUGACACAAUUCGAGUCUCUUGCGGCAAUCGAGCCCUUCUUCUUUUCUUUGUUUCAGCAGCGUCGAUAUUUAUUUAGCAUGUUUGCUCCACCAUAUGUCGGAUCCAUAAAUUUUCGGCCUUUGGUGGCCAGGCUCAUCAGACGGCCCCGAAGUCCAUACUUGCCUACCCCAUCACCUGUGGAUGGCUUUCGGCGCAAGGCAUUCUUGUCGCUCAGUCCAUCUUUCGUCCAGAAGCAAUCCUUUAGAGACGGCGAGAAUGCAGAAAUACUCGACGAGACCCAGAAGCAACCGCGCAAGAGAAACAGCCGCAAGCCGGCGGCACAAACUUCGCUGCGGAGAGUUGCGGUGGAGGCGCAAAGGUCUAAGGACGGGAUCCUGUCGAAGGCCCAGUUGCGGGAGCAGGGCUUGUUGUAUAAGACCAAGACAAUCACCGCCUACGCCGUUGCCGAACAAUUCGACAUCCACCAAGUCCGAGAGAUUCUACAACUGAAGGGCUAUGAACCGGACCCCUACGAGACGGGCCUGUACCCGCAGGUGGUGCAUGUCCAGGUACCGCUGGACUCGAUCCGCCGCGUGAGCAACCCGAAUGCGUCCGAUCUCUCCCCCGAGGAGGUCGGGGAUGUGUUCGUCUUCCCCUCGGGCACGGUCGUGGCCUGGUCGCUCCCAGAAGGCUUCACCUCGUUCCUGGCCACGCGGACCUUGCUGCCGGCCGCGCGGGGCGCCCACGUGGACGAUCUGGAGACCGAGGACCUCGAGUACGUCGAGGACCCCACGCGGGAGAACAGCAGCAUUAGGGGCGACACGAUCGUCCUGGGAACCAAAUCCAGCUUCUUCAUGAACGGAUCAAUAACGGCGGCAGACCCGUCCGCGGGACGGCAGUCCGUCGACACGGUGCUGACGAAAGUCGCCUUCUCGUCUGGGCUGGCGCGGAGCACGAAGUUGGCCGUGCUGGAGUCGCUCCUCGCCAACUACUUCGAGUCGACGCGGACGAUCCCCACGCUGCUCUCGCAGGGGUCGCGGCUGCCGUUCACCCGCGACUUCAUCCUCCGGAAGACGGGCCAGCUGCUCAGCGUGCGCGCGCAGCUGAACCUCUACUCCGAGCUGACGGAUUCCCUGCCCGACAUCUUCUGGGAUAGUCGCCAUGAACUGGGCCUGGAAGGGUACUACGAACAGGUGGGCCGGGCGCUCGAUGUGGGCAUUCGCAUCAAGCUGCUGAAUGAGAAGAUGGACUACGCGCAGGAGAUUGCCAGCGUCCUGCGGGAGCGGCUCAGUGAGACGCACGGCCUGCGUCUGGAAUGGAUCAUCAUCUUGCUCAUUGCCGUGGAAGUGGGCUUCGAGGUCCUGCGGCUGUGGAAGGAACGCGUCCACGAGCAGGAGAAGAUGAAGAAGGAGGCACUCGACGAGCCCGUCUCGAACUGAGGCCGCAUGCGAACCUUGCUGCACGGAUUUCCUUUUCAUGCAUUGUACAUAUAUCUCUUCAGAGCGACUCCACUAUAUAUGAUACCCCAAUAUGGACUCCACAUUUAUCGAAGCUUGCAAGUCCGGCUCAGGAUGUGGAAGAAUGAAAACUUCACGCUCAAGUUGAUCGAAUAGAAUGGUAGCAAUGGUCUUCUCCUCUUAUGCGGGCCCACGAAGGAGG